AUGACCCAGCAGCUGCUGCUGCACCUUGCCUGGCUGAAUUCCGCGUUGGAGCGCAAAGCGCGCCUGUAUGACAGACUAGCGUCUGGGCAGCAUGGUGACGAGGAUGAGCUGUACAAUGUGUACUUUGUGCGCAAAGGCACCCUCGAUGAUGAGGGGCCAGAGAAGGGGCCUUAUGCCCACAGAGACACAGAGUCGCAUGGUGCUAUUGACAGCAUGACGAGUGCUGACUUGGAAAUGGAGCAGCAUAAGAGGAAACGGGAGGAGGAUGAAUGGGAUGAGCUAGAGCAGACAAAGCGCCAGGAGGCUCGCAGGGAUGACAAGACUUGA